CCCCCGCACUCGCUCGCCCGCCGUAUCUUUUUGCGCAUCCUCAAUGGCGAAUAACAUACAAACCCCUUCACGCGACCGUCUCCGUCCCAGCGAUCUGACUGCAUCUGUCUCCUCGUCGACGACUUCCUCCCAGUCAAUCAACCGAAUGAUGGCCUCGCCCUCGAAUGCCACACUUCAUCAGGGAUACAGCGCCGUCACGCUCGAGGCAGCUCUCGCACAGCAUGCCAACGCACCGCAGCCCCAUCUAGCCGCACUAGAACAGAUCCUCUCAGAGCGCAACACCCUGUCAUCGCAGAACGCCCAGUUGUGGAAGCUCAUUGAGAAGCAGCGCACCGCGUACAACCAUGUCCUGAAGGAAGUCGAGCGCCUACGAUCGGAGCGUGACGCGUAUAAAUCUCGGUUGCAUGGGCUGGGGGAGAGCACAGAGUUGUUGGGAAAGAGAGAUAAAGAAAAACACAAGACGCUGAAGACGUCCGCGUCCAACUCUAAGUUGAGAUCUGUAGGAGAGGAGUCUGAUCCGAAACUCUCCAGGAAUCACUCGGAUGAUCAAGUUCCACAAAAACCCAGAGCUCAUAAACUAUCUUCGACUCGUUCACAAGAGGCGUUGCGAAAACCAGAGAGGAGUGACGAGAACAACGCACCACCCCAUACCCCUACCACACCCUCCCGCCCCCAGAUCAUCGUUCCCCAAGGAUCAUCCCAGCCAUUCCCGUCUUCUUCAGGAUCCCCCACCGAUCUCCCAUACGCAUCUUCCACCGACCCGUCUCCUAUUCAGCAGCCCGCCGAGGCCCGCGUAGCAAAUACCCAGCCCCUACAAAUCCCCCCUCGCAAAUCGAGCAUGAGCGCCAGCAUCAUGACCAGCCACAGCGCUGACAUCGCUAACUCAUCCUCCCUAUCCUCCCACCAUCCCUUCAGUGACCGCAUGAACGAUGCUUCGACAUCUUCGUUGGCCCUGAACGAACCUCAACCGAGCGUGGUCUCUACAGCGCCGCAGACAACAUCACCUCCCGUGGAUGCUCUUGCUCCCCCGGCUAGACCUUUCGUGGGUCUAUCGAGAGAGUCGCAGAUAUCGCUUCCCGAAGAGGCGAAGCGUUACAUGGCCAGCAUGGCGUCCCCGGCAACAAGUCCGAGAGUCGGUGCAUUUGGCACUCCUCAGGAAGUGAGAUCGGAGUCGCCGUCACAGCUUGGUCCUGAAUCAGGAGCAGCUGCUGGGAACAGAGAGUCAUCUCCUCUCGCCCAACAGGAGCCAUUUGUCAACGGUAAACAUAGUACGGCAAAGGAGGCGGAUGACAACGCGGACCGGGAGUUCUUGGACAUGGGCGACGACAGCGCGAGUGACGUCCCACCAGAGGAUCUCCGCUACCGCGAGUCACCGCCUGGCAUGCCCACCGCUCAGCCGGGCCCGUCACAGAAAGCUCGACAACCGGCUCCAGUGGUGGAAGACUUCCCUCUCCCGCCUGGAACGAGACCCCCGAACGGCACCGGUGAAGCGUCAAGUCAGAACCGUGCUACUCCGGAUUCGCAAUCUACUUCAGACACCUCGUCACUCCAAGCUGCGCCGGGUCCUCUACCACCACCUAUCACGGGCCCUACCUUCCGCGCCCUCCCGCUGCUGCCGACCGAUCUCCCCUACACGCGUGUGCAUGUCUCACACUCUUCCAUCCGGCCUAACGACCGUGGGAAGGAGGUGCUGUCGUUCGUGAUUAGCGUCGAGCCCGGGAGGGGGAAGGAGCCGUGGAAGGUGGAGAAGCUGUUCAGCGAUGUGCUAAUGCUCGACCAGAGGGUCCGUGCGGGUGUCGGCAAGAGCGCGACGAAGAAGAUUGCGAGUUUGCCGGAUGGGAAGCUGUGGAGGGAUCGUGCGCCGGUGAAGGCUGAUCAGAGGAAGGCUGCAUUGGAGAACUACUUGCAGUCGCUUAUCAACCUGCCUGUCAAGAAUAAGGAUGAGGUUAUCGCCUUCUUCACGUCUGAUAUCUUGCGCGAGACGAAGAAGCCGGUAGCGCAACCUGGCUACAAGGAAGGUUAUCUCACCAAGCGAGGUAAAAACUUUGGUGGCUGGAAACUACGAUAUUUCGUGCUGCAAGGGCCGGUGCUUGAAUACUAUGAGAGUCGUGGUGGUGCGCAUCUUGGUUCUAUUACUAUCACUGGCGCACAGAUCGGCCGCCAGCAGCAGAAGACUGGUGUUCAUUCCGACUCAGACGCCGAGAACGAGUACCGGCACGCCUUCCUGAUCAUCGAAGCUAAGAAAGGGCCUACGGGAUCAAGCGCACGGCAUGUUCUCUGUGCAGAGAGUGACGAGGAGAGGGACAACUGGGUCGAAGUGCUUGUGCGAUAUGUUAUGGGCUCGUACGACGACAGCCCAGGAACAGCUGUGAGCAACGGGCCGAUGUCGGGAGACAUGCAGAUGCAGAAUGGCCCGGAGCCGCGUCCAAGCACAAGCUCAGACUACAACAUCACGACCUCCCCAGUGGGCAGGCGCCCGCGCGGCUUGUCCAAAGACGAGAUCGCCAAGGGCCCAGCGGUGCCCCUAUCGCAAUUGCCUGCAGAUGCAAGUAACGCGAAGCUAUUCCAAAGCGUACCCCCUCACGUGGACGAGGAGACGACGUCAUCAGCCCCCGCCGGAGAUGUGCCGAUAUCGAGCUCGCUACCUACGACUGGAUCUGCACUGGACUCAGCCAGCGAGACGCUAGUACCUGUUGGCCAGAGGUCGAACUCGGAGCAGGGCCAUUAUCCGGAUAUCCUAGAGCAGCGCAUGGGGACCGCGAGGCCAGGUAGCGCCACGCCUGAUCAGCAGCGACAACGCGAUCGGAAUGCGCGCAGACAGUCACAAUACCCUCCUCUUGCACCGGUGAGGGCGUCGCCAAACCAUAGUCUUGACCGUGACUCGCCUGAUCGGCCAGCGUCACCUGAAAGUGCUGCAGCCCAAGCGACGCCAAAGGCGGAUGCGAACGGGAAGAUGAAGAUUUCAGGACCUCUUAACGGCGCGCCUAUACCGGAGGGCUUUAAGUUUGGUGGUGGGAAGAGUGGACCGGACACUACCCCGUCGUCGAGUGACCGAAGAGAGAAAGCCAAGUCGAGAACAUUUUGGGGCUUCGGUCGGCCUCAUGCGGAGAAGCCGAAUGUUCCUACAUACGUGCCUCGCGCUGUCUUUGGCGUGCCAAUCGAGGAAGCUCUCGAUGUCGCGCAGAUCGCCAACUUGCCUGCUAUUGCGUUUCGAUGCAUAGAAUAUCUGCAGGCGAAGAAGGCGGAUCAAGAGGAGGGUAUCUAUCGGCUGAGUGGUAGUUCCGCUGAGAUCAAGGCUCUUAAGGACAGGUUCAAUGCUGAGGGAGAUGUCGAUCUCCUUGGGUCCGGUGAAUACUGGGAUCUGCAUGCCAUUGCUGGGUUGUUCAAGACGUAUCUCCGAGAACUACCAACGAGUAUUCUCACGCGAGACCUGCAUCUGAAAUUCCUGGCAGUGAUGGACUUCGUUGAUCCCCAAGAAAGGAUCGAUGAACUUUCACGGCUGAUCGCGGCGCUGCCUCUCCCGAACUAUAGUUUACUGCGUGCCCUAACUGCCCAUCUCAUCCUCAUUGUGCAGAACUCGUCUGUGAACAAGAUGACGAUGCGCAACGUUGGCAUUGUCUUCAGCCCGACCCUUGCCAUCCCGGCUGGCGUCUUCAGUCUAAUGCUCGGCGAGUUCAACCGCGUGUUCAAUGUGAACGGGGACCAGACAACUCCAGUCGAGGAGGCACAUGAACCUACUGCUGACGCUGCCAUGCUGGAACCGCCUGCUGGUGUCAGUCGACGAAACAGCCGGCAAUACGCGGAUGCGGCUGCAGAUCAGCUCCUGGGUCUCUCUGCCAGUGCCCUGCAACCACCUCCUGAGGAAGGUAACUCGGACGCUGAAGAGGAGCUAUCAAUCCACGAUGAGAGCGGCACCGAGACGACUGAGAACGAAGCUACGGUCGAAUCUUUCGCGUCGAAUACAUCGCCCCAGUAUCGUGAAAUGGUGCACGAAGCUCCGCCCGAAGGUCCUGACUCGGCAUCGUCCACCAUUCAGGCCCGAUCAAGAGCUUCAAACCUUGCCGCCAGUCGAGGGCUCAAUAUCCAGACGGAUGCUCGCGGGCGUCGGCAUAGUAGAGUAAUGGGCCUACCUCGUUCGCCCAGGCCAGGAGGUCACUCACCGCACACACCCAAUCAGGAGCCUGCAACGUCGACACCCAUUUCUCCAAUGCACACUCCGAGAUAGGAUCCCACUCCUUCGAGUUUUUCUGUUCAUCAUUCCUGGACGUUUUUGUUUUUAUUUGCUGUUGCAUCUAUAUCUGGCACCAUUUAUACCCAGACAGUCUGUAUGUCUUAUAUAGCGGCAUUUUAUUAUCGACGAGUGUCGUUACCAGUGGAUCUCGUACACUGCA